AUGAAGGGCGUCUCUCGAUCCCUGCUUGUCGUUGCAGUUGUCGCCCUCGCGUCAACAGCGUUUGCCUUGGAGGAUGGAUCCCCAUCGAAGCCCAAGAAGGCCCUCAAGAGCCAGACUCCUGUCAACUACUUCGCCAACUUCUUGAAGCCCUCCAAGUCCGAGGUUGCCGUCGACUUUGGCGCGUUCAACAUCCCGGGCAAGGCUGCAUGGUCGAUCAAGGCUGGAUCGUACUUCGGCCUCUGGUACUUCUUCAACAUCUUCUACAAUGUCGCCAACAAGAAGGCCCUCAAUGCCUUGAACUUGCCAUGGCUCCAGUCCCUUGCCUGCGUCGGUGUUGGCAUCCCCUACAUUGCUCUCAUCUGGGCCCUCGGCGUUAGGGACACCCCCAAGAUCGACAACAAGCUGCUUCCCAGCAUCAUCCAGCAGAGCAGCUUGCAUGCUGCCGGAAACGUCGGAGGCAAUGUUGCCUUUGGUGCUGGAGCUCUUGGCUUCGCUCACGUGCUCAAGUCGUGCGAGCCUGCCUUCACCGCCAUCUUCAGCGGCUUGAUCAAUGGCAAGUGGCAGCAUCCGUUUGUGUACGCCACCCUCAUCCCCAUCAUGGGAGGAGUCGCCUAUGCGUCCGCCUCUGAGGUCAACUUCAACAUGCUCCAGUUUGUGUCUGCCAUGGUCUCCAACGUCGCCUUCUCUCUCCGCGCCGUUCUCGGCAAGAAGACCAUGAGCGAUCGCUCUAUCCGUGAGGUCGCCAAGCUUGAUGGCCCCAACACCUUCAGCGUCCUCCAGAUCGGAGCCACUCUCCUCACCAUCCCCUUCGUCGUCGCUGUUGAGGGCUGGAGGACUCUUGCUCCCUGGACUCAUCCUUCAUGGAAGGCAGCCAUCGGCAAGCUCGACCACGCCGGCGCCAUGAUCACCGAGGGCUACCUGUGGAAGCAGCUGAUCCUGUCAGGGCUCAUGUUCCAGCUCUACUACGAGUCUGCCUUCCUCGCCCUCGACGCUAGGGUCGUCAUCGUCAUCACCUCCGUGAUCAUCUUCGGCCAGAAGAUGAGCACUCAGUCCAUGAUCGGAUCCUCCAUCGCCAUCGCUGGUGUUUUCUUGUAUGCCCAGGUUUCCGAGAUGUACAGCAACAUUGCCAAUCGCGCCAAGUGAGCAGCAGCAGCAUAAGAGGAGGAUACUGUUUGCAUUUCAUCAUGUUGGAAAGAUUAAGACAAAAUGACACCCAUAACGUCAUUAU